UUAUCACGACCAUGUCCUCCGCUGCCUCAGCUUCCCCCGCAGGCAUAGGCUCCUACUUCCCAUCAGAGAGCAAAGGUGUCAAGCGCAAGCGCGCCGUUCUCGUCGUCGACAAAUAUGAAUUAGACAUUGACUCCGUGGACCCUAAUGGUUCUGUCAGCCCAGCCAUCAUAGGGGCCAUGAAGCAGAGGAUCAUCGAGUUGGAGGAACAGCUGGCCUCGCAACCCCCGCCGGCAAAGCGUGCACGAAAAAUUAACGAUACAGCUCCAUCCGCCGAGGCCACGAGCUCUUCUACUGCGCCUGUCGCAGCAAGCACCACGAAGGCCGAAGACAAGAAGCGCAAAUUGCAGCUUAAGAAGAUAUUCGACCGCCUCAAGAAAGAAUGCAAGAGUGAUUCAGUGAAGUUCCAAGGGACGAGCAAGACGAUCAAGUUUGACGAAGUUCUCGAAUACGACGAGUUCCAGUCGAUCUUUGGUGGCAAGGGCACAUUGAUCCAGCCGACACCUGAGAACAAGCCCAAGAGUACAGUGACUAUAAUGGAAUUCCGUAACAUGGCGGCUAUCGAGGACUUGUUCGGAGACGAGGUAAAGGCGUUGAAGGGCACUUCGUGGUCGCGUGGAGGCGGCCCGUACUUUGCGAAGUCUAUCAAGCAGGGCACCGUCGACGUCAACAUUGUACGACUGGACGUAAACUACUCCAAGAACGGAAUGAAGUGCUCGCUCAAGUUCGAGGUCGAGGAGCAAGGUGGCGGGUGCUACUCCUUCGGGCCUUCGCACCGGGCCUCCUUCGGCAUGGGCCGUUCGUUCAUGUGGUAGAUUCUCCGUUCUCGAUGCCGGUGCCGCCACAUAGGACGGUGACUUGUGCCAUCUAGCUUUCACGCCAUGAUGAGGCGCCUUUGGUUGCGCCCCAUCAGUUUAACACAUACUUCUUUUGGCUUAUGCUUAUUCUAAUUCUUGUAGUGUAUGGUACUGACUGAGUAUUAGAUGCACAUACCGCCCCGGCUUCUCUGAGCUAUGUCGGAGAGCCUAGAUAGUUGACUUACUUACAACGCCUUUUGGUGAUGUUAGUAGUAUUACAUUUUCCAAGCAAAAUAUCCGCUACUACAUGUCGUACACA